AUGGGUGAAGUCUUGAUGGCUUCGGCUAAAGCCUUAGGGGACCACCAGUCCAUUAUUCUAGCUGAAGCUAUGGGUAUGUAUGAAGGUAUAAAAGGAGCUAAGUCUCUUAGUAUUAGCAAUCUGAUUAUAGAAGGUGAUUAUCUGACGGUUAUCAACUCCUUAAAGCAACUCCACAAGCCUCCCUGGUCUAUUUCUAACAGUAUUUGUGAUGCAGUUUCGCUGCUGCUUUGCUUUGAUUCUGUGGUGAUUCGGCAUUGUUUUCGGGAGGCCAACCGUGCUGCAGAUUUCAUGGCGCACAAGGGUCAUUGCUUCCAGAGUGUGCUGGUUUGGUCCCCCCCGUAUUGUAUUGACUUUUCCCUUCUCAUCCGCAAGGAUGUUUUAGGUUGGCCUCUCAUUAGGGGAGGGUAA